AUGGCCAUUGGAAUUUCUGUCUUCAUCGGCAUCUCUACUGCUUUUUCGUUGAUCUUCGGAUGCGGAAGAAAGAAGAAGAAGGCUCCAGCUGGAGCAGCAAAGGUUGCGGUCACCAUUGAACCAAAUACCGAUUUGGCUUUCCAAGCUGAUCAACAGGAACAGAAGAAGAUUACUCUCACGAAUACUCAUGACAAAAAAAUCAUGUUCAAAAUCAAGACAUCCGACAAUGUCGCUUAUCUUGUUAAUCCAGUAUUCGGAACAAUUGAGGCUGGAAAAACAGCUGAAGUCACAAUUACUCGUAACAAAGCUCCAGCAAAAGAAGCGAAACUCGUUAUUGUGAACAGUGUGUUCUCCGGAGAUGAUAAGGAUUUGGCCAAAUCAUUCAAAACUGGAAAACCAACAGGUGGACAGGUUACAAUCAAGAUGAACGCCAAGUGA